GGAAAACACUACCAGAGAUUUGCUUUUGUUUUCUUCUUCAGUUUCCGAUAUCUGAAUAGACUGGGAGAGGUCAGCUUGACGGAGAUGAUUCUUCAACAAUAUCCACAUCUGGAGAGUCAGAUUGAAAAUAUUUUACAAAAUCCAGAGAUAAUUCUGUUUAUAUUUGAUGGUUUAGAUGAAAGUAUUCACCAUAUUAAUUUCAGAUUAAGUAAUCUGUCCAAUCAAAAACAGAAAACAGAUUGUGGUGAGAUUGUGGUAAGUUUGGUGAGGCAGAGUCUUCUUAAGGGUUGUUCUGUACUGAUGACCAGCCGCCCAAUGAGACUGGCAUCAGUUGAUACUGGUGUUUUCCAGAGAAUAGCUGAGAUCAUGGGAUUUCUCCAUGAAGACAAACGGAUCUACUUUAAAAAUUUCUUUGGAAAUGAUGAACUAUCAGAAAAGGCUUUCCAUUAUGUGCAGGAGAAUGACACGCUGUACACUUUCUGUUAUAUCCCAUCAUACUGCUGGAUCAUCUGUACAGUGUUAUCAAUGUGCUUCAGAGCUCAACCAACAAAUGCUGAUCAAGUGAUGAUAUCAUUGCCCAAAACAGUGACACAACUCUUUGUGACCUUUGUCUCCAACAUUCUAGCCAAUCACCACCAGAAUAAAGAUGGCGGCCCCACUGCUCGGGAACUUCUGGCAUCUAUUGGGUGGAUGGCAGAACAUGGAGUCAUGAAUCACAUGAUUGUAUUUGAUGAGCGACAUCUGGAGUCAUUCAGUGUGAGAAAUGAUGAACAUCUCUUUUCAUGUUUCAUGUUAGAAUCUGGUCAGCCUCCUGAUGUGGAUUACACCUUCUUACAUCUUAAACUUCAAGAUUUUUUUGCUGCUUUAGCCCAUUUUAUGAACUAUGAUCCUGACAGAUUACAGGAAACACUUGAUAAGGCUGAAUCUUACAAUGAUGGUCGUGCUGAAAUAUUUCUCCGUUUCCUCUGUGGUCUCUCAGACUCUUCUACUAGAUCCAUGUUAAAGUCUCAUGUGGGGGAAUUGCCUACUCAGGCUUCCAGACAUAUCAUCAACUGGAUCCAGAGGAAAAUAACACAGCAAAGACCAAAUGAAUAUGCAAGAGAGAGGAGAGAACUUCUUAAUGGAUUCUACUAUCUCCAUGAAAGCAGGAAUAAGAAGCUGGUGUCACAGUGUAUUGGAUCAAAGAAACAUGACUUUUCCGUUGUCCCCCUCAGCCCCCUGGACUGUUCUAUUCAGUCUUUUAUCCUACAGGCCUGCAAAGAGACAGAAGAAGUAAAUCUAAGUUCUUGCAAUAUUCAAUGCGAAGGAUUGAAGAAACUUAUACCAGCUCUACAGAACAUCAAGAGCCUAAGUUUGUAUGAUAAUUGCCUGACAGACAGUUCCAGUCCCCAUUUGGCAUCUGGAAUAAAAAAUAACCAGACAUUAAGAAGACUGAACUUGUCUUCUAAUAAUCUGGAGGGUCCUCAUUUCAGUGAUCUGAUGGAAGCUCUGACAACAAGCCGAAUAGAAGAACUAUGUUUGUGGAAUAAUCACCUGACAGACAGUUCCUGCCCUCAGUUGGCAUCUGGAAUAAGAAAUAAUCAGACACUGAGGACACUGGACCUGACUGAUAACUAUCUGGAGGGUCCUAAUUUUUGUGACCUGAUGGCAGCUCUGACAACAAGCCACAUAGAGGAAUUACAUUUGGAUAGUAAUCACCUGACAGACAGUUCCUGCUCCCACCUGGCAUCUGGAAUAAGAAAUAACCAGACACUGAGGAUACUGGACCUGUCUGGGAACAAUCUGGAAGGUCCUCAUUUCAGUGAUCUGAUGGCGGCUCUGACAACAAGCCAGAUAGAGAAAUUACUUUUGUCCGACAAUCACCUAACAGACAGUUCCUGCCCCCCUCUGGCAUCUGGAAUAAGAAAUAACCAGACACUGAGGACACUGAACCUGUCAUACAACAAUCUGGAGGGUCAUCAUUUCAGUGAUCUGAUGGCAGCUCUGACAACAAGCCAGAUAGAGGAAUUAUAUUUGAUGCAUGAUCACCUGACAGACAGUUCCUGUCCCCACCUGGCAUCUGGAGUAAGAAAUAACCAGACACUGAGGACUCUGGGACUGUCAUAUAACAAUCUGGAGGGUCCUCAUUUUGGGGAUCUGAUGGCAGCUCUGAAAACAAGCAAGACAGAGGAAUUGUGAGUAUUAAGGGACUGAAUGAGACAAUAAUAUUCUGGGACACCAUCAAAAAUAUGUAAAAAUAUAAAAC